GAUAUUUGUUCUGUGAAUGAUACCAUUGUCAACUUCUGAAAUAUUUGAUAAGAUUUAUGUCUGAACAAGAUUGUUCCCAAUUUCAUUGAUGAUUAGGUUCAGUUAAGAAGCAUAGCUUUAUCGUACUGAGAGCCAUUUUCUUCAGAAUCUUUUGUUUAUGAGGUCACCUGCCGUAGCAAACGCAUCCUGACCUCAUGUUUAAAGAUGAAUGGAAAUACAACUUGAUUAACAUACGGAAUCGUAGCAAAACAACAUAGCAUUCUAAUCAAGUGCUUUCGUAUUAGACGAAACUGUAAACCUAUUUAUACCGUGAUUCAAGACUGCUUAAAGCUUAGAAAACGAAGCACUUCGUAGGAGAAAUAGAAACGGCGGGAAAGAAUAUCUUAACGAUAUUUACGCUUACUAAUUGCUUACCGAUUGUGGACAUCGCUUAAUAUGUUGUUGUACAACUGAAACUUGCUUACUACUCCAGGUAAGUUAAAUUUAGACGUUAUAAGUGAUAAAAUAUUAAAAAAAUAUAUCUCUAUCAUUCUGAUGGACAUAUUUACGAGUUUCAAACUACGUUUUAUUAUCAACUUUGAAGCUAUGAGUCGACAGACUUGAUGUUCAGGGAUAUUUUCGUCAGCGAUUUAAAGUGAAAAUGUCAGGUAUUCAUAUAACACACAUUAUACACGCGGUACUAGAUGUAGGUAAUUCCUACGUCUAGCCACGAAGACUUUUUUUUUGAUGAUUUUAGCUGUUACUGAUGCAAUAAUACAGAAUAUGAUAGGAAAAUCUGCAAGUCAAGUCAGCUUUAGUAUGAUGCUUCGGAGCAGUUAAAAACAUAAUAAAAAAACGUGACUUGAUUUUCGAUUUCCUUGCAGUUCAAGCAGACGAAUUGCGUAAAUAUCAAAUAGAAAGGAACAAGCAAAGGAUAAGGAACCUAUCAGUUUAAUUGACGAUGCUGGAUGCGUGCGAUUAUUUCGUCUAAAACUCUCUGAUUUAUCACAGCGUUACAUAAGAGCGCUUGAGACAAUAUGCUUCAACAACAAGCCAGCUUCGAUGAUUCGUACGACUAUUUAUUUAAAAUCGUUUUAAUUGGCGAUUCUGGAGUAGGGAAAUCGAACUUGUUAUCCCGUUACACCAAGAAUGAAUUUCAUCUCGGUUCAAAGGCAACUAUCGGCGUAGAACUGGCUCAAAAGACCAUUGAAGUGGAAGAAAAGAACAUUCGCGCACAGAUUUGGGACACUGCAGGCAAGUUGAACAUAUCAUUAUAUUAAUUAUGACAGAAAUAACCUGAAAUUUCUUUUGUCUUUUUGAACAAAGGCGUCGUACUCGAGGUCUUUCAAAAAGACAAAAAGGUACAAAUAUAGGUAUUUAAGUUAUCUCAGGUUCCCAGCUCAAAAAAAGACAUACCUUUGUUUAUGUAAGUUAUAAGUUAAGGCAUAAAAUAUAUUGAUCUAAUUACCCUUAUCAAAGCUGCACAAUUCAUGAGCCAGGCUAAAAAAAUAAAAAGAAACCCAUAUUUUUCUUUAGCAAAUAGCUGUACAAAAAUCAUCUUUGUCACGAAAAUUAAACUUUACCUAAGCCAAACAAAAAGGUUGACAAAAUUUUAUUCUCGUAUCAACGGCUACACAAUCCAAGUUUAAUCUCCUUAUUUUUCUCAUGUAACAGAUUCAGUAUUGAAAGAGACGCAUUUAACCUCUUUUGACAACCGAUUGCACACUAUAUACCAUGAAUUGUUUACGCUUUGAUUCCCAAGAGUGACUAGCAUCUAAUUUCUCCCUACGGUGGCACAGCUGAAUCAGACAUUAAGGUCACGAGAAUUAAGGAAAAGAUCACCUACUAAAGAAGCUUUUAAUUCUUAAACAAAUUCUCCUUGUCAGCACCUUAGAAAUGUAUAAAAAACAGUAUGGAGAAUAUGCAUACUGAUCUUAGGGUGUAAAGUGUUAAAGCAAGUAGCUCGAUAUUAGCUGAUACUGAAUAAGUUAAGCCUUACUUCCUGUUUUCAGUAUUCCCCUUCAUUUGUUUCUGUAUCGAUCAGCCGAACCUUUUGCAUACUGUCAAUUAUUUUGCUGAAGUUUACUGAUCCGAAAAUAGAAGAAGAUUUUCGAAAAAAUGGCGUAUAUUGUCACAGCCAAUGGAAAUUGAACAAAGCAAACUUUCGAAUACAAAGUAACUGAUCAAAUUGCGCGGAAAGAAAAGACCCAAAAUACAUUAUGUUCUUAUUCUUAUGUUAAGAAUAUCGGCUAUGUGCUCAGACGAGUAAAUUAGGAGAUUUCAAAAGGAUUUUAUUACUAGGCAAUUCAACUACGCGGGGGACAAUUUUGGACGGAAAUCAUACCUGUGAUUUCAGUUACAAACUCACGCUCUUUUGACUAUGAAAUAACGCUUGUAAAUUUCAGACCGAAUUAAUCUCAACACUGUUCAAUUACCAUAAUUGAUUAUAAAUCAAAACGUAGGGCUAAGUCAACAAUUAUAUUAUAAUAUGUUGACCUGUUUUCUGCUGCUUUAGUAUUGGUGGAAUGAUACAUCUAGUACCGAGUAACAUAAGGAUUUUUGUUUACCUAUUUUCAUGGGUUGGCGAUUUUUUGUGUUCUACGGAACAAACGUUAUAUUUUGUUACGUUCAAGAAGCACUAUGUAAACAACGAAAAAGAGAAAAUUUAAACUUAACCAUUCCUAAUAUUUUCAAUUUUUUCGAGUUAUACUGAAGAGGAAUACCGGAUAGAUAGAUAUUCCGCGUGAGUCUCAAUACGAGGAAUGCAAACUGCCCGAAGGUAGUAAUUUCAUGGCAUUUUACAUGGGCGAAAAGAUAUCGCGUUUUAGCGGAAGUUAUCUAUAGAAUUAUCCGCAAAGUCUGCAUAGACAGGAACCCGCAAAGUUAUCAUGCAGCAGAGAUUCGCUCUGAUAACGGUCGCCCUGUAAUAGCUUUUGGUAGUUCUUGAACUGAGUCGGGAGUGCAAUAUGGUUUGAAUUCAUAUGUGUGAUUAUAAUUCGAACGAAUGCGAAGCGCGCGCGUUCGCUUUCAGACCAUAAUUGCAAGACACGAGGUUCCAUCCACCACCCAGUUGAAUCCAUUUGGAAAUAGCACUAUUAAAUCAGCUAAAGACGAGAUCGCUAGGCAAAAUUUCUAAAAUUAUAGUAGCUGCAAAAUAGAAAGCCUAUAAAAUCUAAUUAAAGCAAAGGCAUUUUCGGGAAUCAUAAUGUUACCAUUUUCAGGUGUUGUAAAUUUGCUGUCAGAUUUUUCCCAGUGAAAUCUGCCUAUUCUAAAUUUCUUUUGGAAAGUGAUUCAUUUUUUAUCAUAAACAUGUUAACGCAGAAAGAAGCCAAUUAGAUUUCAAAGUAAACGUGCGAAAACUUCUUCAAGCGCUAGGGACCAAGUUGCGUUUCAAUCUUGCGCGUGGUUGGUUUAAAUGUUGACGCGAGUUGUUUUGACCAAUCACAGUACGAAGCAAAGCAAAUGCAAUGCAAUCCUGGAUAAUAUUCGACACUCAAUUAAAAAUUGCUUCAGUUCAAAAUGCUGCUUAACCACGACUUUUACUCGUUUCAGGCCAAGAGCGAUACCGAGCCAUUACAAGUGCUUACUACCGCGGAGCCAUGGGCGCUAUUCUGGUUUAUGAUAUCGCCAAGGUAACGUCAUUCCAGAACCUCGACAAAUGGAUCACAGAAUUGAAAGAACACGCCGAGCCAGACUUGUCAGUCAUCAUAAUCGGCAACAAAUCCGACCUGAAACAUCUACGAAUGGUAGAAACGAAACGAGGCCACCAAUACGCAAUCGAUCAAGACAUGCUCUUCAUGGAAACCUCCGCACUAGAUUCGACAAACGUUAAUGAAGCGUUCGAGGAGCUUGUAAAGCAUGUAUACGACGGGGUAAAGAAGAAAGAGAAAGAGAGAACGUCUUCAAGAACUGUCCUCCCUCUUCCACCGGAUCAGUUAGAUUUUGUUCAGAAUGGAAAAAAUGGAACGGUUAAUGUAGGAAAGACUGCUACGGAGAGUCAGAUAGCUAAAAAGAGGAACAAUAAGCUUCCAUGUUGUUCUACAUAGAGCAAUGAAUCGGUGAUAUAAGUUUCGCCUUUGCUGAAAUUUAGCAAUAUAUCAUACAACCAAAAGUGGUUGAAAAAAAUAUCUUCAAGGAGCUAUAUCACAUACACAAGAGAAACGCUGUGUUAGUUUGAAAAGUUCUUUGGCGAAAUCUGGGUCAAGUCGGGAAAACAUUUGAAGGCAAACUCGUCUUGAGAAUGAGGCAGAUGGGUAACUUGGAUGUUUAUUUAAAGAAAGCAAAACUGAUGGCUGAAAUUAAGAAGGUUAAGACGGAAUAAAAAUAACCAGCGAGUAAAUUCAGAUGAAAUAUUUUUAUAAUGCACAUAUUCGCUUUAAAAGCGAUAUUCCAUAUAUUCUGAUUUAAAUUAUAGCAGUGCAGUUUUACAGCACAAGGUCGCAACUGAACACUGACUAGAAAGUCUAAGACUCCACCAGGAGUGGAGGAGAGCACAACACUCUAUAUUUAUCUCAGUACAAUUGGCAGACGGCUGUAGAUACGCAUGCGCUCUAUUUGGACAAUGAGUACAUCAACUCUUCUUAUCACGAGGAACUUGUAAAGCUCGGACGUUUCCAAGACGUGAACGUCAGUUGAGGAGUCAUUGUUUUUCAUAGUGAUUUCAACAGACUUUCAGUCGAGCAUUAUAGUUUAAAACGCGGAAACAAGGGUUUUUCUUCAAGCAAUUACCUUGGUUCUUCGGCCGUUUGUUUCUUGACAAUUUCUGUGUUUAAUUCUCUUCUAUAUUUAUGAUGGAAGCGGUGGGAUUUCUAUGUGUCACAUAAAGGAAAAAUAAAUGAAACAAAAGUCAGUUGCUCCAGAAACCACUAUAUUAGUUGCGCAUUUUUAGGACUUAUUCCCGCAGGAACUUUAACUGAAUAAAAGAAAGCUAAAAAUCAACUCACUGCAGCCGAGCGGAAAAGAAAUACUCUUACGCAAGAGAGGGGGAGAAGUAGGGUCUAAAUGAUGCAACGACUUGAUACCAAUGUGAGAAAAACAACAUCUGCCUUUGCCAUUCAUCAGAAGGAAAAUUACUAAAGAGUAAAUAAAAGGCUAUGCCAUAAUCAGAAUGACAUGUUAAGGAAGCGG